CUCUGCCGCCCGCCCGCCUGCUCGCUCGCUCGCAUGGAGCCCCCCGGCGCCGUGGCAGGAGGCGGAGCGGGCAGCAACGUGCCCGCCUUCCUCACCAAACUGUGGACCCUGGUGGAGGACCCGGACACGGACGCGCUCAUCUGCUGGAGCCCGAGCGGGAACAGCUUCCAUGUUUUCGACCAAGGCCAGUUUGCCAAGGAGGUCCUUCCCAAAUACUUCAAACACAACAACAUGGCCAGCUUUGUGCGGCAGUUGAACAUGUAUGGUUUUCGAAAGGUGAUUCACAUCGAGCAGGGUGGCCUGGUAAAGCCCGAGAAGGAUGAUACUGAAUUCCAGCACCCCUACUUCCUCCGUGGCCAGGAACAUCUCCUGGAGAAUAUCAAGAGGAAAGUCACUAAUGUAUCCAGCAUAAAGAAUGAAGAUAUUAAGGUUCGCCAGGACAGCAUGACCAAAUUGCUGACAGAUGUCCAAAUGAUGAAGGGCAGGCAAGAGAGUAUGGACUCCAAGUUGAUAGCAAUGAAGCAUGAGAACGAGGCACUGUGGCGAGAGGUGGCCAGUUUGCGGCAGAAGCACGCACAGCAACAGAAGGUUGUCAAUAAGCUUAUCCAGUUCUUGAUUUCCUUGGUGCAGUCCAAUCGUAUUCUUGGGGUGAAGAGGAAGAUCCCCUUGAUGUUGAAUGACGGCAGUUCACCCCACGCCAUGCCCAAGUAUGGCCGGCAGUAUUCCUUGGAGCACCUCCACAGCCCGUCCCCAUACUCCGCCUCCUCCCCCGCGUACGGCGGCUCCAAGCUGUACUCCCCCGGCUCCGGCCCGAUCAUCGCUGAUGUGACCGAGCUGGCCCGGUCCAGCCCAUCCCCCUGCCCCAGCAGCAGCAGCUUUGAGGAGGAGAGGAGCAGCCCCGUGGUCCGUAUCAAAGAAGAGCCCCCGAGCCCCUCGUGCAGCCCCCCAGCAGAAGACAUCAGCCCCGUCGGCACACCGCUCUCGCCCUCAGCUUUCAUCGACUCCAUCUUCCAGGAGGACCAGCCUGGGAGCACCUCCUCUGCAGCCCCUUCGGCCCACAGUGCCCGAGUGCAGCCACACGAAAAGUGCCUCAGCGUGGCCUGCCUGGACAAUGUGGUUCGUGCUCCGCAGAUGCCCGAGGUCACCUGCCUUUUCCCCAGCCCUUCCGCCUCCUCUUCCUCACUGCACUGCAGACCACAGCAAGGAAAUGAGCUGAGUGAGCACCUGGACACCAUCGAUUCCAACCUGGACAAUCUUCAGACUGUGCUAACCACCCAUGGCUUCAGCGUGGACGCCAGCGCCUUGCUGGACCUCUUUAGUCCUUCCAUGGCGGUGACGGAUAUGAGUUUGCCAGAUCUCGACAGCAGCUUGGCCAGCAUCCAGGAGCUCCUCUCCUCCCAAGAGCAGCAGAAGCCAGCCGAGGGGGAGGACUCCGCAGCAGACGCAGGCAAACAGCUGGUGCAUUACACAGCCCAGCCCCUGUUCCUGGUGGACUCCAACGCUGUGGACAUGGGCAGCGCAGACAUGCCCAUUUUCUUCGAGCUGGGGGAAGGGCCCGGCUUCACAGAGGGAGAGGAAGGCUUGGAGGACCCCGCCCUCUCCCUGCUCUCCGGGACAGCCCCCACCAAGCCGCAGGACCCCGCGGUCUCCUAAGGCCCAGCUGAGCUGGAGAGGUCCGUCGGCAGCCUCCGUUUGCCCUGCUGUGGCAGUGGGCUCCCUCAGGACAUGAGGGUCCGUGUGUGUGUGCUUCCCAAGGUGGCAUUGUGCGACCCUGCUUCCAGGACAGUGGCUCUGGGAGGGCACGGGGCUUGGAGGAAUGUGCCAGAGCCCAGGCCGUGGCACCAGAAGACGUGUCCCCGCCAUUGCGAUGCCUGCGUGACAGUCGCUCUCCGUGUGUUGAAGGCGGAUCCACCGGUCAGACAGACUCCUCGGCUCCUUGGAGCCAGUGUCCCAGUGCCCUCCGUCCGCACCAGGCUGAAGGGUUGGGUCUCUGGGUGACGCCCACAGUCCUGCCUCCCGGGCACCCGUGUGAGAAUCCCCCCCCACACAUUUCCUCAGUGGGGUUUAUUUUAUUUCCCUUGGCUUAGCAGUAAAGGAUUUGUACAUUUACAUUUUGAUUGUUACUAGAAAAAUUGUAUUUUGAAUUUUUACAUAAGAGAAGAUGCCACUUGCCCCUUCCUCUCUCUCACAAUAUAAAUAUCUAUAUAUACAUACUCAAAUAUAUCUAUAUCUCUAUGGAACAGCC